GUAACACGUAUCAAAAAAUGUUAUGUAAAUCCAGUGCAAUCUGGAAGUUCACAAACGCAAACGCUAUGUGUAUUUGGUUAGUUCAUUCUCUGUUCUUUAUUUUUCACACGGAUUAGGUGGGAAACUGUUGGUAUCUUCGUUACUGGUACGCUGGUAGUUGUAGUCAGCUGUGGAGCCAUCUGCUCCGUAUCGUUCGGUUUUUGCGAGUAGGUCGACGGCAGCAGUAUGGCUUUGUCGCAAAAUAUUCCACCGGAUGCAAAAGAGCCGAAUCAGUGCCUGAAUAUGAAAGUGCUCCGAUUGUUGAAACCUUCCUUCAUUCAGUCCGGAUCAAUGAUGUAUGAGGAUGGAGGGGAAAUUGAUGUGUAUAAGUGGAUCAAGGAUCGUAAAAUCGCAGCAUUUGGUCAGGAGGCCAUAGCUUCGGAUGAUCUCUUUAAAGAGCAGCAGUUUUCGCUGACGGAAGAAUUGGUUUUACCGCAGUCAUUUGGGGCCAUGUUUCUGGGACAGUAUCUGCACUGUUACGCAUGUGUCAGUAAUAUUACUAACUCUGCCGUUCGGGACAUUACAGUAAAACUUGAGUUCCAAGUGCAAUCCGCUGCUGCCGGGCGAUCGGAGAUGGUUCUUAAUGAAGGGAAGCAGUUUCUGCUGGAACCACAACAAACAUUUGACUUCAUCAUUAACAAAGAAAUUCGUGAUCUUGGAUCGCACAUGAUGAUUGCCAGUAUUACCUAUUCCAAUCCCCUAAAUCCCUUAGAACGAGUGAAUUUGAAGAAAUGUUUCCGGUACAGCGUGGCUCGACCAAUGGAUUUUAAGAAUAAAUUUGUUAGUUUGCCGGAUGGGGGAUAUUUCGGCGAGUUUAACAUUCAGAAUUUGACCAACACCAGUAUUGUCCUUGAAACUGUCAGGAUGAUCACUUCUCCUGAAUACACAUCGGAAGAGGUAACACUGCCUCUUUAUCAACAUCCACUGGAUACUUUGAAUAUGCGGAGCUUCCUGGGACCCAAUGAUUCGCGACAGUUCGUGUUUCGAAUACGGUUGACCGAUCGAACUCGAACAGGGGAAAUCCUGAAAUCCUCCACGUCUCCCGGCAGAGUGGAAAUUUUAUGGCGAACACGCAUGGGUGAUCUAGGAAAGGUUACAACAUCACCGUUGAAUCGAGCCGUACCUGAUUUUCGGGACAUUUUCGUAACCCUGGCCAAUCGACCUGCCAAAGUUGAACUUUACAAAGCUUUUGCGGUAACGGUGGCUGUUUUUUCCCUUGGUACUCGGCCUAUGGAGUUUGUUCUGAAAUUGCCUGAUCAACAUGAUCGGGCUUUUGCCUGGUGUGGCAUUUCUGGUCGUGCGGUUGGUAGUGUUGCUCCAGGAGGGGUUUUAGAGUUUCCGCUUCCUGUUGUCCCUUGUAGUGUGGGACUGCAUUUAUUUCCAAGAUUCCAACUGAUCGAUAUCCUUUCCGGACAGCGCUACGACUCUGAAGAUCUCGCCGAAAUUUUUGUGGAGUGAUUCCUGCCGGUGUUUGAAAUACUUUUCUAUUUUACCAGAAGUUUAAUCACUGACCCACUUUGCUGGGUUUAUUGCACACCGUACAAACUGAAUACGAGUGCCGGUAUUGUUACUGCUUGGUAGCUGACCUUUUUGUUGAAAUUUUUAUAGUUUUGAGCUAGUGUAUGUAAAGUGACCAAAUACGGCAUUGCAUCUUCCGCACAUGUAAUUAAAAUUACGUUGUUCCAUUAUGCUUUUAUUUAAUAUUUUGUUAAUAUUAUUUUAAUGAAUUAAUUGGUUGAGUUAACAUUUUAAGUGAUGUUUACCCAGGGACUGUGAGAGGAGCGAAAACUGUACGAGAAUUCGUUACAGUUACUCGAU